AUGGCCUUGUCUUUCACUGAAAAGCCCCCGCAGGGGAGGGUUCCUUAUGCGAUCCCGCAAUUGGAGGGUGAACGCAUCACGAUUCCGGGGAGCAAAGGAGCCUUUCGCAUCCUGGCUUCCUCUAAGCAGACCAAUGGCCUCAUGGCUGUCUUUCAGAGCGGGGCUGUCCUUUCAGAUGCCCCGGGCUUUCACUAUCACAACCACGCCCACGAUGUCUUCCUGGUGACCAAGGGCUUCCUGAAAUUAUGGAAUGGAGACAAAUGUCGGAUAAUGGGGCCUGGAGAUUUCGCUUAUGUCCCUCCUACUGUGGUUCAUAACCCGGAACUGCUGGGACCACAUACCGAGACCUACGGCGUUGUCACUCCUGGCGACUGGGUCGACUUCUUCCGCUACGUGUCCGAGCCUUAUGAGGGUAUUCUGGUUCCCGAGAACGACGAUCGUGACCUCAAGGCUCUGUUAAUACCCAAAGUGAUGGCUGCGAAGCAGGACUUUGACGUCGUGUUCCAACCACACUACCAACCUCCUGCGCUAGGGGAGUGGAGUGCAGAAGAGGAGAAGCUGCCCGAGUCGUCACAACCAUAUUUUCUGCGCGCCAACACGGGUCCCAAAUGGAUGCUGGGAGGUGUCAUGUCCCGACCGUUUAUCACCACCCGUCAGAGCCAGGGGGUCUGCGCCAUUUCCAGCAUUGAAUCCUCUAAGACAUACGGCGAAACUCUACUUUCCAAAUUCUUGACCUUCCAGUCGGUUGAUCACUGCUUAUGUGUUCAGGAGGGGACAUUGACCGUCCAGCUGAAGGAUGGCCCCGAGUCAACUUUCCGCGAAGGAGAGACAGUUGUGAUCCCGGCCGGUCAGGCGUUCGCUCUAAGAUUUGCCAGUCGGUAUGUGCGGGUUUGGUCAUUUACCGAUGGCGACGGCAUUGAGACUUUGAUCCAUCGGUUGGGCACACCAUUCGAAGGUGCCGUUCUACCUGACCAAGUGCCGGAGUGGAACCCGGCGGAGGUUGGGUCUGUGGCGUCAGAAUGGAUGAUGGAUGAGUCGCCCCCCAUUCACACCACGGGUGAUGAUUCUCUUCCCCCGCCGCGGGCCAAACGCCCUCGCGCUGCACAAGCAUGCGACCGCUGCAGGGCCAAGAAGUACAAGUGCGACGAGCAGGGAAUUACCGUCAACGCGAAAGCAGCAGGUCUGCACGACAGAUAUGUCGCUGAUCUAGAGCGCAAAGUAGACGAGCUUACGGCUCGACUAAGGUUGGCAGAGGCGGACGUUACGUCCCAGCAUUCUUCACGGUCUCAGAAGGUAGUAGUACAACCAAGCUCGGGACCUAAGCAAGCUCCUCCUCCCCCAGUGGGCGUUGAGGCGACUCCAUUGUCGCUGCCUCGUGCUGCAUCCACGCCGAGAGAAGAUGCGCCUUUCAUUUACGAGCACCAUGACGAAGCUGGGGAGUCGGUAGGGGACGAAAUCAGCGAACUGAACCACCACACCAACGGUAUCGAAUUCCACGGCAGCACUUCUUCAACGGCCCUCCUCGGUCAUCUCCAAAAGGCCCGGGAACCGCAACGUUCCUUGGAGCGUCGGGACGCACGUCUCGAGGAUCCGGGAUAUUCGAUCGUCUCGACGCUGCAUAAUUCCAGCUUUUCACCCUCGGGUACGGGCUCCGCCCAGCCCUUGACCUUACGGGAACAGAAUUAUUACUUUGAGCAGGCUCAUGCAUUUAUCAACGGCUAUUUUGAGAAUAUUCAUUUCAUUCAUCCUCUUAUUGAUAAGGAGGACUUUUUGCUUCGGGCGCACAGUCUCUGGUUCAAUCGUGGCGUUCAGCCGGAGCCGAGUUUUGUUGCUUUAUAUCUGAGUAUCCUGUCGUUCGGGGCCCUGGUCCGGGUCUGGGAUGAGGACAGGCUGGGUGGUCUGACCCGAUUUGAAUGGAGCAGGAAGUUGUUCGGGGAAGCACAGAUGUACCUCAACUAUCUGCAGUUUUCGAAUACUCUAGAUACGGUGCAAUGCCUAUACCUUAUGGCUAAAAUCUGUCAGAACGAGCUGAAUCCGAACUUGGCGUACAUGUACCUGGGACUGGCUAUCCGCACAUGUCUAGCUGCUGGGUUCAAUCGUGAGGUGCGCAGUUCGACAGAGCAACGCUCGGAGUGGAUUUCAAAAACGUGGUGUGAAAUGAGCUUUUCGGUAGGCCGUCCGGAUACUCUAGGCAUGGAUGAGUACCACAACCGGGCGCUACCUGAGAGAGACGACUCUGAGUACGCUGUUAUCCCAUGGAUGGUGGAUUUUGCAUACAUCAUCCGCAAGGUGUCUGUGCAGAUAUACCAUUCGCGUAUCACCCUACAAGAGAAGCUGCAUCUCGCCCUCCAAAUCGAAAAUGAGCUAGACCGAUGGAUGGCGAGACUGCCGGACAGGAUCAAACCAGACAUCGUUCAACGAGCAACAGGAGGGGCGUUGAGAGAUCCGAAAUGGGCACGAAGGCAACGCUUAGUGCUCGGUAUUCGCUACUACAACGUGAAGAUGCUCCUGUUCCGACCAUUCCUCAGCUACUUCACACGCAAAUUACGACAUACCCCUAUGGAACUAGAAGAAACGAUCGCCAAAUGUCUCGACGCAGCAAUGAAAACCAUCCAAGUUAUUUACGAUAUCUACCGAAUUCACACAUUCUUCCGCUGCUGGUGGUACAACACCACAUAUGUCAUGUUCGCCACAUCCACCCUCCUCCUUCCCAUGUCAAAACUAGGCAUGUGCGCCGAAACCAUCCCGCUCCGCCGCUCCGUUGAAAUGGCCGUCGAGAUCCUCGAAGCAAUGGACGAAUCCGUGGUGGCGCGUAAAUCUGUCGAAAUUAUCAAACACUAUUUGCGAGAAUUCCGGCCCAUUGAUGUUCAAUCUGCUACUACACCAUCCAGUAGCAAUGAUGGAACCAAAAUUGCCGACUUUACUACUGACCCAGGAGCUGCUGCUGCUGCAUCUGCUUCGGGUACUGCCCAGACAGGGUUUGAUAUUCCGGAAUGGGCAUAUGGCUUCGGCUUCCCGGAUUGUUCCUUUGAAGGGAUCGCUAGGCUAUUCGAUGAUUUGGGAGGGUUGCCGAUGUUGGAUGGGUGA